GGCCGGGCCGGGCGGGCGGAGCGGAGCGGCCGCCGCGAUGGAGCCCGACUCGGUCAUCGAGGACAAGACCAUCGAGCUCAUGACAAGUCUGAGAAGGAAAACCCAUUCGAAUCCCCUUUCAUUCUGGAUUGGUGGAUCUGAAGCCCAGAAACAAAGUUUCAGAACACGUCAGUAAUGGAGGAUCAGAAUGAAGACGAGUCUCCAAAGAAAAAUACCCUGUGGCAGAUAAGUAAUGGAACUUCAUCUGUGAUUGUCUCAAGAAAAAGACCAUCGGAAGGAAACUACGAAAAGGAAAAAGACUUGUGUAUAAAAUAUUUUGACCAGUGGUCUGAAUCAGAUCAAGUGGAAUUUGUGGAACACCUCAUUUCCCGAAUGUGUCACUAUCAGCAUGGACAUAUUAACUCUUACCUGAAGCCCAUGUUACAACGGGACUUCAUCACUGCGCUGCCAGAGCAAGGCUUAGAUCACAUAGCAGAAAACAUCCUUUCCUAUCUCGAUGCCAGAUCCCUAUGUGCAGCAGAGCUGGUGUGUAAGGAGUGGCAGAGAGUCAUCUCGGAGGGGAUGCUGUGGAAGAAGCUCAUUGAGAGGAUGGUACGCACAGACCCGCUCUGGAAGGGGCUCUCGGAGAGGAGGGGUUGGGAUCAGUACCUGUUUAAAAACAGACCAACAGAUGGGCCCCCCAAUUCGUUUUACAGGUCCUUAUACCCAAAGAUAAUCCAGGAUAUAGAGACUAUAGAAUCCAACUGGAGGUGUGGGAGGCACAACUUGCAAAGGAUCCAGUGCCGCUCUGAGAACAGCAAGGGGGUCUACUGUUUACAGUAUGAUGAUGAGAAGAUCAUCAGUGGCCUACGAGAUAACUCCAUUAAGAUUUGGGACAAAACAAGCUUGGAAUGUUUGAAAGUAUUAACGGGACAUACUGGCUCAGUUCUUUGUCUGCAAUAUGAUGAAAGAGUUAUUGUAACUGGAUCUUCAGAUUCUACAGUGAGAGUCUGGGAUGUAAAUACCGGUGAGGUUCUGAACACGCUCAUCCACCACAACGAGGCCGUGCUCCAUCUGAGGUUCAGCAAUGGGCUGAUGGUGACGUGCUCCAAGGACAGGUCCAUCGCCGUGUGGGACAUGGCCUCCCCCACGGACAUCACCCUGCGCCGCGUCCUGGUGGGACACCGCGCCGCCGUCAACGUGGUGGACUUCGACGACAAGUACAUCGUGUCUGCCUCGGGGGACAGGACCAUCAAGGUGUGGAGCACCAGCACGUGUGAAUUUGUGCGGACCCUGAACGGGCACAAGCGCGGCAUCGCCUGCCUGCAGUACCGGGACCGCCUGGUGGUCAGUGGCUCCUCGGACAACACCAUCAGGCUCUGGGACAUUGAAUGUGGUGCCUGUUUAAGAGUAUUAGAAGGCCAUGAAGAGCUGGUUCGGUGCAUCAGGUUCGACAACAAGAGGAUUGUUAGUGGAGCCUAUGAUGGGAAAAUUAAAGUUUGGGACUUGCAAGCUGCUCUUGACCCUCGUGCCCCAGCAAGUACGUUAUGCUUGCGUACGUUAGUGGAACAUUCAGGACGUGUCUUUAGGCUCCAGUUUGAUGAAUUUCAGAUCAUUAGUAGUUCCCAUGACGAUACAAUUCUGAUUUGGGAUUUCUUAAAUGUGCCACCGAGUGCCCAGAACGAGACCCGCUCUCCAUCUAGAACAUACACCUACAUCUCCAGAUAACAGUCUGCACUUUACUGCCCUCAGAAGGGUUCCACAGUCUUGAACUACUGGAUUUUUGGCUACUACAUGCCUGAAGAUGAUUGACAGCUAAAGUCAGAAUUGGUUCUAGAUGCUGUGUAGAUGCAAAGCAGCACAAUUCUAUAUCUAAAUUUCUUAAUCUUUCCUGCUCUCAGUGGUCAUCUUUGAAUUUGCUACAAAUUCACUGACUUGGAAUAGAUGAAUUUCAGAAGCCUAUCCUUCCCUGCUGUGAGAAAUCCAAAGCUUCACAUGUAAAUUGUCCGUAGAAACUGAACUCUGAUGGCUUGUUUUUCAGAUAUAAAUCAGAAGUCAAGAAAGGACUUGACCUAAUUUAUAUUGCUUUGCACUUUUGUCUGACUUUAAAGAAAAAGAAACAACAAACAUUCUCCAGUGAAAUUUGGGUGCCAAACACAUGCCCAGAAUGUACAGAGCUUUGCUUUCCAGUCACCACUGUCCUUUAGGCGUUCCCCAUGGCAGGUUCAGAGCCCGUUCUGUUCUGUAGGUGUACGUUGGACUCUUAGAAAUAUUUCUGAGUUUCUCAGUAAUAUUUUUGGAUUACAGUUUACUUGUUUCUGCACCGAUAAUUUCUUUUAAAUUAAAGAUUCCCUGUAAUUCAGGCUAGGUUAUCUGAACUAGUUGUAUAGCACUGUCUUUUCCUUUGCCCUGUGCUCUGUACUCGCUGUCCUGCGCUUCCUGAUGUUUGCUGUAGUCCCCGUCCUUCCCCGUGUGCUCCCCUCAUCUCGGAUACUGUGUAAGCAUGUAGAUACCUUGUACAUACAGCAGAGCCUCUGGUGCCAGCCUCGGGCUGUCCUGACACUACACACUAACACUCAGCGUGGUGGCACUUGGCAGCAGGAUGUCCUGACCCCUGGCACUGGCGGUGACAUGAUUUCCUAGACAUUGUCUCUGCAAAAGGAGGUUUUCAGUAUUCAUUAGUUGGGUUUUUGUUUUUGUUUCGUUUUUGGUUGUUUGGUUUUUUGGUUGUUUUUUUUUUUUUUUAAUGGGAACUACAUAUUUUAAAAUGUAAUUUCUAAACUUUUUAAAAAUUAAAAACUGUUUAAUUUAUGUUCUGUAUCUUAUAUUUUUGUGCCGCGGGAUUUGCAGCUGUGUCUCUAACACCAGUGGGGCCUCGCAGCCCCCGCUGAUGUCCUCGGUAGCAUUAGUUUGGCUGCUCAGUGGGGAAGAUACCAUGGGCCAAAGUUCCAUUAUUUAUGUUUGGUUUGUGACACUCGCUGACAGUGAGAGGAGCCCGUUCCAGCCCCUGCUCUGCUUCCCGUGCCGUCCCUGUGCGAUCCCGGAGGAUGGGCUGCUGUGUCCUGGUUCCUCCACGCUUGUGUCGGGAGCCUCCACAGCUGCAGUUCCCGUGUCCCUGGCACUGUGCUCACAGCCCUGUCCUGGGGCAGGAGCACACCUGGAGUGCUGGAAAGUGAAUUGUCCCUGGGCGUGGGCUCCGUGCGUGGGGCAGCCCCGGGAGGGCAGGGCUGGCCUGGCUGUGCUGUCACUGCUGUCUGUCCGUCUGUCUGUCUGUCUGUCUGUGCUGCCAGCAGCUCGUGGCUCUGCUGGCUCACUGCCUUUCCCUGUGCGGUGCCGAGGGGCAGCGCGAGGUGUCACCAGCCCGGCCCCUCCCGGGGGCCCUGCAGGGCUCUCCUCCCCUCCCCGUGUUGCCCCAGCUAUUUAUUCCUCCAGAUGAGCGAAUGUGGUGAAGUCCAGAAGAGCAAACUCGCUCCUGAGCGUCCAUGAGGUCACUUUUUGGUAAGCUUGACAGUAGUUCGUGCAAGUGUCUUACUUUACCCUUCUCAUCUAAUAGCUUUAAUAUGAAACUGUUUAAAAGAGAUCUGUCGCAGCCCUGAAGAAAAAGGUUCUUUGUUUCUGAGGAGCGGAGUCCUUUUUUAAAAAUGCAUGUGUAAGAUUUAAAUUCCUGUUUUUCCUUGGGAGAUAAUGGUAUUUGAACAUGCAGUCGAAACUUCUUUGUGCUUCGUGUAACAUAACAGUGGACUUUUGUGAUUGGCACCCAAGGAACUCAACUCCUGGGAUUCAUGGUAGUGAUCCUGGCUGCACUCUGGACUUUGUUUUGCUAACCAUAAUUGAGCAACUGUACAUUACUGCGAUAUUAAUGUUUCAAAGCACUGGGAUAGUCUAAUUCUAACUUGUAAUUAUGUUUGCCAAUUAUCUGUUUGGAAAGUUGGUGUAUGAACAGCUUCUUGGAACUGUUAAAUUGUACAGAUAUCGUUCAUGAUCUAAAGCUUUGUACUGUGGAAUGUGCUUAAUAAAAAAACGUUUGAACU